GGAGCAUAAUGUCAAAAACAUGUGCUUUUAUGCUGUUUGUUAUUAAAAUUGUAAUAAAAAACAACAACGUGUGAAAUGGAAGCUUUAAGUGAAUUUACAACAUUCUUACAAAAGGAUUCUCGGCUGGAUUUAAAAGCCGUGGCUCUAUCGCACAUUCUGAGUCUUAGUGGAAAUGUCGAAGGUCGAUCAUUGUUAUCAAACGCCCCGGAGAUACUUAAUUUAAUCCUCAAUCUCACGACUGAUCCAACGCAGGCAAUCAGCAAGGAUGCUGUUCUCACGCUUGUUAACAUUUCCUCCGAAGGAAGUGGAGCAAAAGCCCUUCUUGGCUGCUCCAAAGUUCUGGAAAUCCUUUUUGAUGCUAUUUUCAAUGAAAAAUCUUCCCUAGCGGAUGCAUGGUGCAUGAUUCUGUGCAACGUCAGUCGUCAGGAAGAACUUGUUGAUCAAAUUCUUGAAGAAGUCGAAAAGGAUGAAAAUAUUCUGAAUAAAUUGGUGAUUUGCUUCACCAGGAUGGGAUACAAUAAAGCAGGAAGCAAUCUUCACUAUAUUGGUCCAGUUUUUAGCAACUUCUCUCAAAGUUCUCGAGGAAGAUCAAUGCUGUGCAACCGAGAGAAGAUGUUUCUCCAGAGAAUUCUUCCAUUUGUACAGUACAAAGAGAGUCUCAUUCGUCGUGGUGGAGUUGUGGGAUUCUUGAAAAAUGUUUGUUUCGACACAAGUCUACAUGAUUGGUUAAUGAGUGAGGAAAUCAAUGUGCUACCAUUUAUUCUCCUCCCACUUGCCGGACCGGAAGAGUUUGACGAUGAAGAUAAUGACAAAUUCCCAAUUGAGCUACAAUACUUAAGCCCGGAUAAGGAACGUGAGGAAGAUCCAGACAGCUUAUUGCAACUCUGUGCAACACGCAAGAAUCGUGAGUAUCUCAGGCAAAAGGGUACGUAUGAAAUUCUCCGUGAAUACCACAAGUGGGAAGUGAAGCAGGGUGAUGAGUGUAGACAAACGCUACUUGCGUGCGAAAAUGUUGUCGAUGUGCUGAUAAGAACUGAAGAUGAAAUUGCCCAUGAUAAUUUGAAGCAGAUGGAAAUUCCUGAUGAUGUGAAUCGACAACUGGAAAAGUUGGAUUUACUAAAUAACGAAAAUGAACCACAAUAAUAUACAUUUUAUAUUGCCUUUGUGUACAUAUAAAUAAUUAACAUAA